GGACUAAAUCCUCCAGGGGCGAGGACUUAGGGCGCAUGCGGCAAUCUCUCAGCUCUCGCGAGGUUUCGCCUUCCCGGAAGUACUGGAGGACCUUCCCUGUUAACGGCAUCGCCAUGUGUGGGGACUGUGUGGAGAAGGAAUAUCCCAAUCGGGGUAACAUUUGCCUGGAGAAUGGAUCUUUCUUGCUGAACUUUACUGGCUGUGCAGUGUGUGGUAAGCGGGAUUUUAUGCUGAUCACAAACAAAUCCUUGAAAGAAGAAGAUGGAGAAGAAAUAGUUACCUAUGAUCAUCUGUGUCAGAAUUGUCAUCACGUAGUAGCCAGACAUGAAUAUACAUUCAGUAUCAUGGAUGAAUUUCAGGAGUACACCAUGCUGUGUUUGUUAUGUGGCAAAGCUGAAGAUACUAUCAGCAUUCUCCCUGAUGACCCCCGACAGAUGACUCUGUUAUUCUAAGGACCCUUCUGCAGUUCUGUAGAACUAGGUUGUGUUGGUUACAAUACUGCAAACCUGAUGGUUUGUCUUAGUUUAUAAUGGAAAUUAUUUGCUUAUUUGUUUCUGCUUAGACUUACCUAUUCUUUGAAAGAAAAGAAGUAAUUUGGGGGAUUACUGCUCUCUAGAGCUGAGCUCUUCUGCCAAAGUUCCCAGUUCACAUUGGUGCAGCCAGAAUGAAGCAUCUUUGUUAGUGCUAUGUGGCUAAAAAUAAUUAGAAUGGGAGAACCUAGUGCCCAGAUCUUGGUUCCAGUAAAAGGAAGCAGGGCUCCUUGGAGAAAUGACUUACUCUAGGAUUAGGGCUAUAAAUACCCAAGAUGAGCCUGGAGCAUCUUGCGCCACAAAAAAAAGAAAGUGCUCAGAAAAAAAUCACAAUGGUGGGGGAUGCCCGAAGGACAGAAGAGCCAAGUGAAGGAGCUCCCAGUAACCAAAGCUGGAACAAUUGGAGUGAAAAGUUAAGUAGCAUUGGAUUAUAACCCAAACUGUAAAAUAAAUAUUCAUGAAUCCAUACUGACAUAAAUAAAUGAUUGAAUAAGUAAAUAUAUACAUUACGAUAGCAGAUCUCCCAUGCAAAAGAUUUUCAAAUAAUGUAUGUAGAUAUUCCCCACUCCUUAAGUGUGAGUGUGUGUGUUGACUUCCCUCCAGAGUAUAGUAUUGAAAGGGGACAAACACUAGCCCGGAUCAAGGUGAACAUCAUUGGUGAUCGGCCAUGUGAUAGCAUGAUGUGAUGAGAAUGGCACUUUACCUUUAUAGUAUUCUCCCCCAAACCCAUAACUCCAGUCUCAUCAUUAGAAAAACAUCAAACAAAUCCCAGUUCAGGGACAUUCUACAAAAUACCUGACCAGUGCUCCUCACAACUGUCAGGUCAUCAAAGAUAAGGAAGUCUGAGAAACUGAUUUACUCUAAGUAAGUAAACAACUACUGAAUGUAAUGUCAUAUCCUAAAUGGGAUCUUACACCAGAAAAAGGACAUUUGGGGAAAACUGGGGAAAUCUGAAUAAAGUGUGGACUUUUGUUAAUAUAAAUAGAAUGGUUUCUUUUGCUCCAAAGGAAUCUAAGACUAUCUUAACUUGCAUAGUUGAAAGAACACUGGGUGUUCUAAACUGGCAUUUAGGCCCCUCUGCUAUUUGGUAGCAGCACAACCAUUAAGCAAAGCAUUACUCUAUUUUUUAUUGUCCCCUUUUUAAAAAAAUUGGUCUAAUAAGAAUUGAUAUUAUAUAUCCUGCACAGUAUUAUUGAGAGAUCCAAAUGAAUAAUGAAUGUAAAAUGCUCUGGAAAGCAUAGAAAGAACUAGAUACAAAUGAGAUGGCUUCAGUUAGUUCUCAGUGUGAGACCAAACUUAAAAGGGUUAGGCAUUAGAAACAAAAUUGUUUCCUCUUCAGAUCUAAGAGACUUAGGCAUUCUGGACUAAGGCUUUGCUUGUAAGAAAAAAAGGUGAGCAAAACGAUCAUUAUUGAUACCAGGGUAAAGCUUUGUUAUAUAACAGGGAUAAUAAAGACUGAGGUUUAUUGAGUCCUUACUUUGUGGCAAGGCCUUUUUAAAAAAGCACUGAUUUAAUCCUCAUUCACAGCUCCAUGAGGCAGGUACUAUUAUUAAUCCGAUUUUAGAGCCAAAGAAACUAAGCACAGCAGUUGAGUAGCUCACUCAGGGCCACACAGCUAGUGGUCACCCCCUCUCAGGAGCGCUCAGUACACAUGACGUAGAGGGCCUGGCAAGGUCAGGGAGAGUCUGAGAAUAUCGGUGACCGCCCUCUGAGAAACCGAGGCAUGUCAGACCAGAAUUUAUUAUUUGGAAAAGCUCAGUUAGCUGCGCCUUAGGAAUCAGUUGUUUUAUUCCUGGAAAAUAUUUUCCACUUACUGCAAAUCUAUAUCUGACCUGCUGAGGAAAUCAUUUGGUGAAAUGAAUCCAGAAAGUAGAGAAAGUGCUUCAUUACUUUAAAUAGCACUAAGCCCGUUACAGCCUCUGAAUCGUCCCUUUUUGGGGUUUGAAUGCUUCCAACUUAGUCAUUUGGAGCUCAAGAGUACAAUUUCACAUGCCUCCACUGAUAUCUUCAUCUAUUGCAAGAUGUAUAAUUAUUAUCUAUUUUGAACUAAAUAUACUACAAAAAUUUAAAACAUAAAAUCCUAUCCAUCUAUUUUAUUAUUUUACCAACAUCAUGCUAUGUUUUGUGGUACUUUCUUUUUCAUCUUCUAGAAUUUUUCUCUGGAUCUAAAAGAAUAAAGACCUUUUGAACCCAGUU